GCUCGGCGCUCGCCCUGAUAACGCGAUGCUUUGGCGGCCUGCGCGCGCGCAAAGCUUUAAGCUCCCGCGUGUGGACCAGUGACGGUGAACUAAGUGCUUUUUUUUGCCAAUAGGAAACGAUUGUGUGUGUGUGUGAUUUGAGUCGAGGAUUUUUCUUGAACUGUGUGGGUGAUAAGCCAGUUUUCUUCAGGUUUUUCUUCGGUUAUUGCAGUGAGGAAAAACCGCCGCCAAGCUGUCUACCGCAAAUGAGAUUAUACCCAGUUACCACGUCCAAGCGCUAAUAGGUCGGGUGCGCACGAGCCCGAUGAGCGCGUGCGCGGCGGCUGCCAUGCGCGAAAAGCACGCGGCGCCGCGCCGCCUCGCCUCCCCCCCGCCCUCGCCGCUCGAUCACCACUCCAGCCCCCUUGGCUCCCCUCGAGCUGACGAACCGCUAGAUCUCAGAGUCACGCACAAACGCCCGCAACGACUGGAAGAUGAAAACUGCAAUCUCAUCAUACCAUCACCGCCCCCGCAUCCGACGCAUCCAGCCCACCCGGCUCACCCGGCCCUGCUGCAGUUCUGUCGCAGACUUCCCUUAGCUUUACCGGCCUCUUUCGGCCGAUACCCCUUCCUCCCCGCGGCGGCAGCGACGCUCCUCGCCCCCGGCGCACCCCGGGCGCCACCUUUACCCCCGAACCCUGGCGCCCCACGAGCGAGAGACCGGUAUACCUGCUCGUACUGCGGUAAAGCGUUCCCUCGCAGCGCGAAUCUGACGCGACACUUACGGACUCAUACUGGUGAACAACCAUACCGAUGCAAGUAUUGCGAGAGAUCAUUCUCGAUAUCAUCGAAUUUACAGCGACAUGUGCGAAAUAUACAUAAUAAGGAGCGGCCGUUUCGGUGUCGUCACUGCGACCGCUGUUUCGGUCAGCAGACGAAUCUCGACCGGCAUUUGAAGAAACAUGAGGCAGAAAAUGGAGACGACGGUCGUCGGAGGUCUCCUGAUGAGACGUACUUCGAGGAGAUCAGGUCGUUCAUGGGCCGCGUGGCGCCGGCUCGCCGCACCGCGGCUGCCACCACCGCCGACCACACCUGAUAGUGGGAAUCAUUCAAAGUUACAAUAAUCUGGUCCAGCAUCCAAAUGACUUUUGUGUAAUUUACUUGGGGACUUGAUAUCAUUCUGUGGAUAGUAAAAUCAUACAUAUCCAUCCAAUUGUACUAUGUACAUUCCUAUGUAUUAAGUGAAUUAAACGUGUAUAUAGUUAUACUAAAACCAAACAAGGUUGCGUUCUUGCGCUGAGCGAUGAAUCAAAACAAUAGUAUUUAGAAAAACAUAUACACACUAUGAUUUUAUCAAGAUAUGGUAUUUAUGUAUCUCGAUAGAUCAUGAGCGCGUUUUGUUUAGAUAUAGAUAUAUGUCACUUGGAGAAAAAUGUGGUAUUUGUUUUAUCAUCAGUCAAAUUGUAUACGCAAAAUUAUUAUAUGUAACAAAUGUAUAAUUGAAACAACGUGAUAACGUAUCUCAUGUAAAUACAGCCUUUGUUCAAACGAAACUAGAUUAAGUGUAGUUAGAAUGAAUACCGAAUUUCCACUACCGAUAGAAGUAUGCUAUUAGAAAUUAAAAACGUAUUCCUUGUCGCUGAGACAUAAAAUAAGUAAUUUUAGUGUUCCAAGAGUGUUCGAUGUAAUAGAAUUACAAUCUAAUGAUAGUUAAAUAGAAAUUGUGCCAAUUUCGAUGGAAAUAGAAUAUAGUAUAAAUCAAAAUUUAAUUUGUUAGGGAUUUAAAUGUUCCCUUUAGAACUCCUACCCUAAAUAUUGCUAUUGCAAUAGGCUGGUAGGCUGGUAGGCUAUUGCAAUUUGUCAAAUUAAAUUUAUAGCUAUUUACUUAUUGACUUGGCACUGUUGUACGAAUGUAAGUUUCAGUGUAAUUUUUGUAAAUUUGCUUUAUCGAUUGUAUUAUAUUAGUAUUGUUAGUCUGAAAGGAAACGCCGGUUACCAAUAAAAAUAUAACUUGUUGCUUAUUGAAGAUAUUAUGAAUAAUUUUAUAAAUUGUUAGUGAAGUUUACUAAAUGCUCUGAAUUUUAUUUGUAUGUAUGUAUACUGCAUGUUGCGUAAAUUAUUUCGUUUUUGGCGUCACAUUGCUGAUUGUCACGCAAAGUGGUCCGCAAAAGUGAUGUCGCAGUUGUUAAGUUUCAGAAUAUUACGCAAAUUAGAUAUAUUUUAUCAUAUUUUUGAGAUUUUAAACUAGAAAUUAAAUCUAAUAACUAGGAAUUAUACGAAAAAUUUUAAAUAUACAAGUGAUGUAAUCAUGCUCUCCAAAUUACUAAAUUAAGGAUAAUUUUAAAUCUGUGAUUUUAUUUUAUUUAUUAUUUUGGAAUCCUCAAAGAAUCUCGCAUUAUUUUCGUGAAAUCUCGCUAUCUUCGAAGAAUAUUGUAAUUGUUCAAACGUUCCUUUAAGUAUAGAUAGAUCUCUUAUAAUGUUACGAGUAUACAUUUAUCACAUAAUUUUACAUCUAUUAAGGUUCUAAAGAUUUUACUUGCGUUUUAUCUCAAUCCAAUAUCUAGAGUGCAUAGUGGUAUUAAAAAUAUACCAUAUUUUAAUUUUCUGUGCAUAAAAUCAAUUUAAUUGGUAACUAUACUUAUAAUAUUAUACUUAUAAUACUUUCUUUCAAUAACUCUGUCAUUACUAUACUCGUACCAAAUGCUGAGAAGAGAUGCUAUUUAACUUAUCAUAGAGUGGAUAAGUAAUAGAGAUUAUUACUUUUAUCUUUUGUACUUUUGAUACCUUUUAGUCGUUCAAAGGUCACCGAUUUACCUUGUCAAAAUGAAUUAAAUAACAAUAAAUUGAA